UACUAUAAGAGGAGCAAAUCUGUAGUCGAGAAACAUCGCCCUCGCCCUCGUUUCAUCACAACGUCGCACAUCAGUGACCUAGAAACGUAAAGAUGGCUGGAUCAUGGUUUAGACGGGGCGUGGACCGCGACUGGGUGGAUUCUGUUAAUGGCUUCUGGUCAGUUCUGUUACUGGCCGGCUGCGCACUCGGCGCUUUCGCCGUCAGGUUCGUCCAACCCAUCAACUGCAUGGAUUUACAUCAAAAGGAAUACAGUGAGGGCCUGUGCCUCACCUCAGAGGACAACCUGUACAUCGAGGGGAUGAAUCCUGAAAAUCACAAGUUGGUGUCGUAUCAUCUCUGGGUACCUUUGAUCCUGCUUAUCCAGGCUCUUUGUUUCAAGAUCCCUGGAUCCAUAUGGAAUGCUUCAAGGGGAGUGUUUUCGCUCAACAUGGACGAGACGGUGGCCAGUCUGGAGAAGGUCCAGCAAGCCAAGGAAGAGGUUCGCCGGUCUACACUCAGAGACACUGCAGUGGUAUACAGCACCCUUCUUGGAAGCAACAAAAUCAUCUCAGGCGUGUUCUACAUCAUUGUGAAGGGACUAUCCUUAGCCAACCUUGUUGGACAGUUCCUAUUUCUGACUGUAUACUUUAGUCCCGUGUUAACGUUCAAGCCAAGACCUCCUGAAAGCUUCACUUCAGUAAAUCCAUUCCUAACAAGAAGUGUUCGCUGUAGAUACACGCUCAGGAGACUGCAAAACACCCAAACAAUGGAAGUGGAGUGUAGGCUGCAAAUCAACGAAAUCUAUGAGAAGAUGUUUGCGUUCUUGUGGUUCUGGGUCCUCUUCCUCACUGUUCUCACGUUCAUCAACCUCUUAGUCUGGCUCGCCUACCUCCUCCUGCCGUUCUUCAGAAACAACAGGAUCUCUGUCCACAUCGCUGCCUUCACUGGAUGUCCCACAAACGACCCCGCACUAGCGCGCUUUAUCAGCAGCUUCCUUGGACUUGACGGUGUUCUGAUGUUGACGAUGAUCUCCCGGAACUCCAGCGAGAUGGUGGCGGCUGGAUUUGCUCACAGUCUCUUCCAGGUGUUUCGGGAGCAGGAUCAGACGUCCUGUGUGCAGAGAGGUCCGUACGGACAAGGCCCCACACUUACAGGGGAGAUGCCACUCCCCUCAUCUCACGGAGCAACCAGUUCAGUCAUGACGUCUGGAUCCAACUUACAGUCUGAGGGCAUACCCAUGACUACACUGGGCCCAUACAACGUUACAUGUCCAAAGAAACCGCUUCUGCAAGAAAAUGGCGAAAACUGACAGUCAAAAUCAAAACCAUUACACUGUCAGAGUCUUAUGGUCCUAUAUAGGCGCAAAGAAUAGGAUGAUGUAACCUUACUUCAGACCUUUCAUACCAUUUUUCAUUAUUUCUAUAAAUCGAUUUCCUUUCUUGUUCUCUCCGUAUUUUGUGUCUUUUCAGUUAUUAUCUAUUAUUGUUAUUUUUAUUAGUUGUUGCUGUUCUUUCUUUUGUUUUGCUCAAGAAGGUAUAAAGUGCCUAAUGCAACAAUAAAACAAUAUUGAAUAUAGAUAAUUAUGUUUUAUAAUUAGUGCUUGAUGGCAACGGGUCUUUUUGUGCAUGUUUACAUGCAAACAGUAUAAAAUACAACACAAACAUGACUUGUUUGGGUUUUAAAUAAUAGUAGUUUUAACAAAUUGGACUUCAAAGUUGUAUGUUUUGUUCUGACAGCUGAGACAUGAUACAGGAAAUAUUUUGGUAUUGAUAGUAGGCUCUUGUGAUGAUUGUCGUUUCUUAACCUUAAAACUAUUUUGAAAGAUGUAAAACAUAGGCUUUAUGAAUCUUUGUCUAAGAUUUGCCACAAGCUGGAUUCGUUUUCGAUAUAAUUUAAGCAACAUUUACCAUUCUCGCGACCAAUUUUAAAAUGUCGACCACGUUCAAUCUCUAAAUUGUUAGAAGUAAGCGAAAAAGAAACAAUGUGGACCUUAAUUUAUCUACAGUAAUGUUACUAAAAUAGCUACCACAUGAAUCAUAGGCUAUAAACAGUACAUAAUACGCCAUAUAAAUGGGGACUUUCGGACAAAUCGUGGUGCCAGAGUGUAAAAGGUUGUCUUUAAGCGGUCACGAAACGUUUCAAAAUACAGAACUGCCAGAUAUCAUCAAAUCCUAAGUUUCCUUGCCCAAUUUACGAGACCUCGCUCGUUGUCAAAACGCAAGAUGUUUUAGGUAAACGAGAUUCCCAUGUGUAAUGGUGGCUGGGGAGUAAACCAAACAUGAAAUGGGUGUUCCGUGAUACCUCAUACUGGUAUUACAGCUGGGUUGUGGACCCAACGUUUGAAGUGCUUCGGGGACUGGUUCCUGCCGAGAAAUGUUUCGAUAUGCUAUACUCUACUCCUACACUUAAGUGUAUAUGUCUUUGAUUGGCAUUUAUAAGUGGUACACAUCAGGAAGAUAGUUUUAUGGAUGUCAAUUUCUGUAUUGUGAGGAACACACAAGGAUAUACUCCGAAACGUUUGUUCCUCAUAACAAACAAGUUGACAUCCAUAAAACCCUCUUCCAAGUGUUUGUUUUCUGUGCGACAGGUGAGAUACAGUAAUUCUCCUUUUCUACAUUAUGCUGAACAUGCAAUGAUUUGUAUACUUCCGGAAUAUUGGAUUUUGUGCAUGUUUGUUCCUAUCCAUGUAAUUGGAGAUUUUGUCUUGAAGUCAUAAUAAAACAUAUCAGUG